GGCGCCAACCAAUAUACAUAUAAUAAUGAUAAUAAUUUUUUUUCUCGCUAAAAUUUUUUCUUCAAAAUCAAUUUUGAAUGACUGAUAAGUGAUAAUGCUUCUAUAUUCUGCUAAUAUAGAUUUCUAUAUAUAUUCUAUCCAUUUACAUGUAUAUAUGCAAGAAGCGAGCUCGCAAAGCAGCAUAUUCCAUAUGUUGUAUACACAUGUUGUUUUCGUCGUAUACAAAUGUGCUACUUCUUUUUUUUCAAAUUUUAAUUUCUUUUUUUUGUUGAAAUAAUCAUUGUGAGAAAAUUGAAAAAUCUUUUCCCCGUAUAGUGAUUUAGGAAAAAAACGUUAAAAGAUCGAAAAAAAAUCAGAUAAAAUGUCACCACUUAAAGAAUUAUACAAUACAAAUUAUGAAGAUUUACCGACUCUUGAUUCUGAUUGUAUGGAUUACAAAAAUGAUGGCGCUUCGUUUCAACUUCCCGAAAAGAUUGGUCAUUUUUCCUCUGAUUUAUGUAAAAAAACUCGAUCUAGAGAGAUGCGAUUCGAUGAAUCUAAUUUAUCAUAUCUUCAUCUACCUCAGUCAUGCGAUUACAUCUCUUUAGAUUUAACCGAAGGAUAUAAUCAUUUUAAACAUAUCAAUUGGUCGAAUGCUAGCCUUGAUAAAUUGGAUGAAAUGCUUAAAUGGAUUUUAAAAAAUCGCCGUUCCUUGGAAAGAGGUGAUCAAACCAAACCGUUAGAUUUCGAUUUCAUCACUCAAAGAGGAGUGUUUACACGAAUUAUGUGUACACCAUUUGUAAACGAUGAAUGGCAUAUUGGAUUUUCUAAAUUCAAAGGAACAAUUUAUAUAUGUCCAUUUUUCAAUGAUCAUGAUGAAAAUGAAAGAAAUUUUCAACGUUUAAAUAUGGCUUCUUAUGGUGGUUAUCGAUUUGAACAUUAUAUAACCAAGUCCAAAUAUGAGGAUACAUAUAGUAAUUGUGAUGAUUUUUCUUCAACAUUACAUGAGUAUUCGGCUGUACUCAAAUCGAAAAUCAAUUCUAUUAAUAAUCCGAAUGGAUAUUCAUUAUUAUAUGUAGCCGAAGUAGAUUGUUUGAAAGAAAAUGAAACAGAUUCUUCUCGUAUGGAAAAUUUUGUCGAAAUAAAAACGACAAACAAAAUUGAUAGUCCUAUACAGAAUGAUAAUUUUCAUCGUCAUAAAUCAUGUAAAUGGUGGGCUCAAAGUAAAUUGGUAGCAAUUGAUCGAAUAAUUUGCGGAUACAAAGAAUAUAAUCUUACUACGGUUACAUCGAUUGAAACAAUGAAUGUUGAUAGUAUUGCACAACAAGCAUUUAGAUUUUGGAAUCAUAAAAAUUGUUGGAAUUUUUUGGAACAUUUUUUAUCAUUGGCACAGAAUUUAUUGAAAAAUGAAAAUGAUCCUUCUAAGGUUUAUUUGUUUAGUAAAGAACGAUAUUCAACAAUUAUCACAUGUAAAAAAUUGCUACAUUCUGGUAAUCUUUGCAUUAUUCCUGAUUGGUAUACAGAUGUUUUUAAGGAUAUGAAAAUUAAUCAAAAGAAAAACGAAUCAAAUGUGAAAUGAAUACGAUCAGUAUAAGUAUUUUUGAAA